UGGAAAGUCCUGACAUCGUUACAUCGGCCACAUCCUCGUCCGUGGAUUACAAAGCAUACUUUAUUCAAGAAAGCCAACCUACCUGAAAAUCACUGCUGCUCUGCAUCCAGACGAGGACUCUUCAGCCUCUGCCCGAGUAGCUUCAUACCCCAGAGACCCAGACUCCGCUUCUAGCAACACUUUCGACCAUAAACUAAACAGAGAUGGAAGGUCACAUGGGGCGGUUUGCGCUUCUUCUAUGCAUCACUGUUGCAGCCUGUGCCUCAAGUCAGACGUGUGAUCCAAUGGAGGUUAAUGACAACCCAUGGGUCUACGUGAGAGAGAUGCUAAUUGGCUGCUGGAGCAGCUUCAUCAGAGAUGACAAGGCAGAGGUCCACAUCCUUAAACUGAACUUUGGCGCCAACGAUCCCAAGAUGUUCGACCUGAAGAUGACCAAUGCCAAGCCGAUGCACCUUAUCCUCUCCUCCCAAGAAAUAGCCUGGGCUGUAUGCAACAUCAGCACCGAUGUUAAAAUUUAUAUUACCAAUAACUCCACAAUUUCCGUUUUUGGCAAUAAGCAUCCCAUCCACAAGCAAGACUUCCCGACACAAGAUGAGGAGCUGGUCAAGUGGGCAAGACUGAAGUUUGGGGGUGUGACUUCAUUUACCACAGUCAGAAAUCUGCGAACGGUGUCAACAACUGGAACAAAAGGAACCCAACCUGGCUCUCCUGACUGCAUACUCAGAAAUGAAGAUGCAUUAGAGAAGCACUUUAUGAAGAUUGAAACAGCACCCGGGGCUACUUUGUUCAAAUCGUGCUCCCCAAAGGAACAGAACACCGGUGAUGAGGCUGAGCUUCACAUCAUAAACAUCCCGGAGAAUUUAACCACCCGCAAUGUAUCACUUCGCAUUGACGGCAAGAAGACCAGCGUGUUCCUGAGAGGCCCUCAGGGCACCACAUGGACCUUCAUCAACCCACAUCACACCCAGUUUGGUUCCAACAAUGACAUCCUGCUGCCCACCAUCACAGCCAGAAUCCCACCGUUAUUUACACUGGACAGCGACAAUGCAGAGGAUGUGCAAAGGAAGGCUUUAGAUCAUUUCAAAGCCAGUACUUUCACCAGCUACACUGAACUCAGACCAGAGGACUCUGUGGUUUCACUGGUUCUUGGAAAAAAAGACAACCCUGCAGAAGCAGCUCCAGCACCAGUCACUCCAGCUACGACUAAUGCCUCUCAUCAGAUGCCUCUGCUGAUGCAGCUGUACACCUCCCCAGACUACCGUUCUCCCCUGGACCCUAACACCAAGGUGCAGAGUGACAAGAGAAUUUAUGCCGAGAUUUCAGGGCACACUUUUGGAGAUAUCGUCUUGACCAUCAAGGUGAUCAGCUGCUUUGUGAGCUCCAUUGGCUCGUGCCCCGUAGUAAAAGAGCUGCCCUUCAUGUCAGAGGCCUGCCCCUUAAACUCUUGUCCCAACAGCACCCGACUCAGCUUCUCCUUAGAUCAGCUCCAAGAGCUCACGUCCACCACAUGGGACCUGGAAUGCUCUGUUAAACUUUGUCACAGUGAGAAAUGUGGUGAUGGAGGAAGAGUGAAGAGGAAUCUGGAGAUUACCCAGCCGUGUCCGCAAACACCAACCCAACCAUGCUUUGAUUUUGGCUUACCUGGUGUUCUGGGCAUUGCAUUUGGAGGGUUCCUGAUUGGAGUAGUACUUAUUGGAGCACUGUGGUUUAUCAAGAUUAAAACAGGGUACCCAACUGGACUGGACAUUAGCUCAACAGCAGCAAAUCUACCCGGAUGUCCCUGUUCAGGAGCAAAACGACAACCUGUCUCUACCAACCCUUCCCCCUCCGAGAACAGCAGCGCCAACGCAAGCAUCGGAAGCACCCAAAGCACACCGACAAGCAGCAUGGCAUGAGAUUAUGGUAAUCUCCACCACCAGCAGAGCCACCGUCUUCUUUCAAAGUCACCUAUAUGGGUUUUGUGCUUUUGUUUUCUUUAAUAAUGCUUAUAAAGCAUUUCUCCGUUCCCUGCCCCCCUUUCAAAUUCUCAUUUAAAAGCACAACCCACAUCUUUGACUUACCAAGCCUCGAAUGGAUGUGAUCUGGGAGUUUGUAAUGGUGGAUCGGAGGUGGGGGGGUGGGGGAGGCUGGGUGACGGAUGACAGAAGUCUAAUCAAUGGCCUCUGACGCUCACUUCUGCGGCCUCUCUGUAAAGUCAAGCUCCUAGACAGGAAGUUAAAGAGGGCAAGAGAAAAAAAAAUUGGCUCCCAGCAACAGGAAAAACAAACCAUAUCCCCCAAGAGCUAACAGGAAAUUCCCUGCAUUCCUUUCAAUGAAUUGUGCUUGUGUGAUGGCAACACAAUAAUAGUUAGACAGGAGACAAACCAGUCAAAAGACCGACUUGUUUUGCAUUCACAUCUAAGCUAUAAAAACAUGAAGGGCCAUUGGCUAUGUCAGUCCAGAACGUUAUCAACAACGUCUCUGAGACUGAAACGCUCAACAUGUUAGGAUCUCAAACCUGUCGAUGAAAUGCUCACUUAAAGGGGUAUUCGUCUUAAUUAGAGUGCAAGGUCAAUAGUUAACAGCUACCUCCUAUUAUUUAGAAGUCUGGCGUUAAGUUUAAACUUAAUGCUAGAUUUCACUGGUGAAUUGAUCUUACUUUCUGCCUUUUUCAAUUUUUGUUUUAUUCUGUGUCACUUUAGGCUUAUUUUGUAGUUGAUCUCUGGGUCAUUUGUAGCUCUCGACAACAAAGCCAUGGUGCCAUUUUCAUUCUAUCUGAUAGCUGUAUCAGAGCUUUCAUAUGAAAGUCAAGUUUUUUCCUUCCAGUGUUUAAUCUAUGUUUCUGAGAAUAUAUACAUGAAUUUCUAAUUACUCCACAGAACCAAUCCUAAAUUCUAUUUACGGCCUGAAGGACACAAUAAAUAAUGAACCAUUAGGGAAAAGAAGUUCUUCUAUUCAUGUGAACUGAGGAAUAAUCACUCUUGUAAUGUACAGUACAGCAUGCAGAGAUACAUGGCUGUAUCCAAAGCUGAGUAAUGUGCCAUUAAUGAGGAGUUAGUACCAAAACUCCCAUCAGUUCUCUUACAGCUACGCCCACAGGGUGGAGUUUCCCCAAAAUAGUCUCUCUGGAGGUGGAAUUCCAGUACUUUUCCUUUGCACAAUGUGCAUUUUCAGUCCGUCACAAUUGCCUGGCAAUUAGUUGUAACCAUUUUACCAUUCAUGUUAGUCUGUAACAUACAUAAUCAUAUACACAUUUUACUGAAUAUAUUGCAUGAAUGUAUUUUCAGACAGAUUGAAUCAUCCAUCUGAUGAACUAGAUGCCAAUUCUUAUGGUGUAAAAAACGUAAUACUCUUCCAAUAUUUGAAGAUCAAGACUUUAAACAAGUAUAAAGUUUCCAACCUGCCUGCUCAUUUUCAAUGAUUUGUAAUAUGUAGCCAGCCUCUAAAGAUGAGUGCACAAAAGGGAAAUCCUUUUUAGACCUCUGAUGGGUGUUAUGGGUCGAUGUAACCAAACUCCUAGUGACUUUUAUUCCUCGUGGGUGGAAAUUUUGGUACCAACAAUAGGCUUAUGACAAUGAACGUAACAUUUCAUAUGUUUCUUUCUUGCUCAGAAUAAAAUUAAAUCUGUGGGUUUGAGGUGAAUGUUUGUUUCAAACAAACUGGCUAUAAAACCUGAUAUCUAGGUGAAAACUUGGCAAACUCAGACAUGUGGGCUGUACAAAGGUAAUUUUGGUAUACAUCUAUCUAGUUCAGUUUGACUUUGAGUAUCGAGUCUAACACCUGCAAGCCCACUUCUCCCUGAAAUGUGCAGCUUUAAAAAGACUGCUUUAAAAAUUAAAUUCUAGCUUUAUUUCCAGCUGUCACAUGACGUGCCUAAUGAUAUGGAAACUGUCAUUUUAGAGGGAUGAAUUUCUAAUUCAAAUUAUUAUUAACUUCUGCUCUCUACAUUUGAUGGGCUGCAUCAGCCGCUGCAGUGCUAAUGCUAGACAGAAGCUGAAUAGAUGCAUAAUAAGGACUCAUAAGGGCUACAACUGUAGAGUGACGGUUGAUCCUUGAACCAAUAUUUGUUUCAAUGUACAAAUGUAAAUGUAAUUUCAAAAUUUAUCUCUUAAAAUAUUCCCAUGACGCGGUUUGUGGUAUAAGUAAGCAGUUUGUAUCUACAGUACAUAGCUUUGACACAAGCGCCACAAUUGUGAUGUUAAAACAUUUCUUUAUAUACAUUUGACAUAAUGACACUGAUUACUCUUACAUGCAUAUAUAUAAAUAUAUAUUCACACUCCCAAUAGUAACUUGCCUUCUGAUUUUGUUACAAUAAUUUAUUCACCUUCAAACCCUAAUCUCAAAAAAUAUUCAGCGUAUUCCAGAACUACUGUUUGUAAUCUGUCUCUUCAUUCUAUGUGAGCGAUGUAGCCUCUUACCACGUCUCUAUCUCAGUGUGUGCGCGCAUGUACGUUCCUCUGUGCAUGCCUGAUUUUCUUUUUGUAUUUUUGUAUAGACAGAGAACAAAAAGGGCCAGUACAGAUUGCCGCUUAAGUAUUUGUGCAAUAUGAUGAGGUAAACUUGUAUGUCUACUUGUAGGUUUUUUUUUACCAUGUAUUUUUGUGCGAAUGUUGUAUGAUGUUCUUAAUUUGAACCCUUUUUCUUAACAGGCUUUGUUCUUUUACGUAUUUGGAGAACUGGGACAAUUCCUAAUCAAGGCACUCAUCAAAUGCAUACAUUUAUUUUCUAUUGUUAUCUUAGUUUUUGUUAUUCUCAUAUAGAUUUGAGUUUUGAUUACAAUGUAGUCACAGACAGAAAGAUUGGUUCGUUGUUUUUUUACCCCUGUUUGACUUUUGUUCUAACCCUAAGAUUCCCCUGCUGUCCAAAAACAUGGCAUAUCUCUGCUGAUACUGACAUCCUGACAUUGUAUUUGUUCAUUGUACUAUCUUCAGUGGGUGUGAUGGGGAAGUACAUUCUGAAGGACAGAAUGUCUCGCCAGAGGAGCAUCUCAGCGAAAUAUUCAAAACUCCUCGAGUGCAAGGAACAUUCAAUCUUAAAACAUUAAAAAUGUGGUGGUUAUUGAGAAUUUUUUCAUUUCAUUUUCAGAUAUUUUUUUAAAUGUCAGGUAUUCCGUAGCUGUAAUAAACCAUCACGGUAACUGACAGAUUGUGUCUGAGCACUGACAGUAAAAUCAGACAGGCUGCCAGUUAAUUCACUUGUUAACCCUGCAGAUCCCUUCGUUACCUCUGACAACAGCUUCCUCCUCCACAGACGGUCUACACAGUUAACGAAAUAUGUGUGUGUCUCAGUGUGUGCACACAUACACAGUAUCUGUGUCUAUGUGUAGGUGUAUAAUAGAAACUAUGCCUACAUUUAUGUGAGCGGACCCUUGCUCCAGUCUCUUAACAAUGUCCAUAUUCUGAAUUUUUACCGAAGAAGCUGAAGCCAUAACAACGUGUCCGAAUGUCUGCUUUGAUUUAAUCAAGUAUAAAAUGCAGUGUUUCUUUCGUACCAUUUCAAAUGGGUCCAUUUCUUGAGAUAGUACUCAUCUGAUGUAAUUCUAUGUUGUCUCUGAAGAAAUAUAUGUUUUAUCUUAAUAAAGUGAAUAUGAC